AUGACUAUCCGGCUUGCAACACCCUCUGACGAGCCCGCCAUGGCAUCUCUCUUGGCUAAAGCAUUCUUCGACGAGUCGCUCUUUGGCCAGGUUAUGCAUCCGUACCGCGACCAGUAUCCGGAUGAUGUCAAGAUAUUCUGGUCAGAGUACCUGCGAAAACACUGGAAGAUAGCCAACGAAAGACUGUUUGUCGCAACGACAACGGUAGAUGGACGGGAAAAAGUUGCCGGCGUAGCUAUCUGGCGCCGAGACGGCGACGACGAAGGGAAGCGUAGAGUGGAGAGCGAGUGGGUUGAUGUCGGCAAGUGCCUUUGCACAGAUGUCUUCCAGCCCCUUCCCUCAAUCCAGAAUCGUGCUCUAGAUCCUAGCAAGCGUAAUCUUUUGAAUGAAUCCUAUCCCUUCUUUAAGCAUCACUGGAACGGUGACCGCAAAAACAACUGGUAUCUCGAUCUAUGUGGAGUUCAUCCAGACUAUGCCGGCAAGAGGCUCGGACAAGCACUGGUCGGUUGGGGCCUCGAUCGCGCGAGAGAAGAGGGCGUCCAUGCGAGUGUCACCGCUAGUAAAGGAAACGAACGGUUCUAUUUGCGAUGUGGGUUUGAUGAGGUAGUAGGAAACUGUACGCAAGGAGAACGCAACCCGCUGAGCAAGGCCGGAGUUGAAGGUGGUGAUGUACUGUUCAUGAUUCCCAAACAGAAGCCCCAUAUCAUCCCUCGUCAAGAAUCCAUCGACUACAAUGCAGCUCCGCCAAAUCUGUCCACCUUAGCCAAUUCGACUCUCUUCGAUACAUGGCGGCCAAAAGCACACGUUCUUCCAGCGUUUGGACAAAUCGGAGAUCCAUGUAUGCACUACACCGAUCCCGAAACUGGUCUCUUCCAUGUAGGAUACCUACAUUUGGGAGCAUCAGGUGCUACUACAGACGACCUAGUCACUUACAGGGACGUGAACCCCGAUUCGGAGCCGUUCAUCCGUGCAGGCGGCAUCAAUGACCCCGUCGCUGUUUUUGACGGCAGUGUUAUUGAGAGAGGAGUCAAUGGCACACCGACGUUGCUAUACACCAGCGUCAGCUUUCUACCCAUACAAUGGACAAUCCGGUACACCCAAGGAAGCGAGACGCAAUCGCUCGCCUUCGCUAGAGACGGUGGAAGCAACUUCACAAAAGCAGAAUUUGGUCCGGUUAUCCCCAGCCCACCAUUCGCUGUCAACGUCACGGGAUUCCGCGAUCCAUUCGUGUUUCAGAACUCGCAGGUCGAUAGCUUGUUGGGUAAGCGGAACGGAACGUGGUAUACAGUCAUCUCUGGCGGCGUACAUGGCAAAGGCCCAAGUCUCUUCUUGUACGCCCAAUAUGACGAUGAAGAUGCGGAUCUGUUCCAAACGUGGGAGUAUCUGGGUGAAUGGUGGCACGAAGCAGCAAACUCGACAUGGUCAGAGACGGGUUGGGCUGGGCGCUGGGGCUUCAACUUUGAAGUUGCCAACUACUUCGCCUUGGACGAGCAAGGUGCUAAUGAGGAAGGCGAGAUCUUCGCCACAAUCGGCGCGGAAUGGAGCUACGAACCCAUUGUACCUCAAGUUUCGGACAAUAGGGAGAUGCUUUGGGUCGCUGGAAAGCAAGAGCUUGUCGACGGUCAACUGAAGUUCGAGCCUACAAUGUCUGGACGACUUGAUGCUGGGCGCUCGGCUUACGCGGCUGCUGGUAAAGUCUUAUAUGCGGACUCGCAAGCUAGCAAAGCAAGCGGCGCACCCGAUCGCUUCAUCACAUAUCUCUGGUUGACUGGCGACUUCUAUGGCACCUUGACCGACGAAUUCCCGACUGCCCAGCAAAACUGGACAGGAUCACUAUUACUCCCGCGUGAGCUUAGCGUCGGCCGCUUGAAUGUUGUUGACAACCAGCUCUCCCGAGAGAAGGGAUCGUGGCGCGUAGACCACGAACACGACAACGGCACCGUUACCCUCGCCACUCUACACCAAAAAAUCGCUCGUGAACCCUACGCCGCAUUCCAAGACAACGCCACCAAUGUCAUUACGCAAAGGGGUGGAUCCAUGGCGAGCGUGAUGAAAUUCGAUGAAAGCCCAAAGUCAAAGCACUGGAUGAUGACUGCGUCGAUAACCUUCCCCUCGCGUUCUGACUCCCUGCGAGCUGGCUUCACCAUCCUUUCUGGUUCCCAGGAAUCUACCAAUAUCUACUACCAGUUCGGUAAUGAGAGUCUUGCGAUCGAUCGUUCAAACUCUUCUGCCGCGGCGCAGACUACGGAUGGUUUCCUCACCGAGGUUGAGACGGGCAGGUUCCGCUUGUUCGAUGUUGAGGGUGGAUAUGGAAAUGAGACAAAGGUUGAGACUUUGGAUUUGACGAUUGUGGUCGAUGGUGGUGUUGUUGAGGUGCACGCGAACGAUCGAUUUGCGAUCAGUACUUGGGUGAGGAGCUGGUACGCGGAUAGCAGAGACAUUAGCUUCUACGUCGAGGGUGGCGAUGCUACCUUCAGCAAUGUCACGAUUUACGAGGGUUUGACUCUGUCUGACCUCCCCAACGGGCACAUGCGCAACCAACACGAAUACUCGUACCGCCUCCCCACAGCCCCCCGCAUUGUGGUUCCCCCUCCCACGCUCACGACCGACAUGCCAGGCCUGUCUCUUGGUGGCACACCUGGAGGGGAUGUAGACAUGAGCUUCUUGAACGACUUGGACCUCGAGGACAUCAUACAGAAGAACACGCUGCUAGAGUGGGCAUACGAGCGGCGGAGACAGGCACAAAUGAUACUGCCGUGGGUCUAUCUUGGUCCUAUGGUGGCAGCCAGGGACAAGGCUUUUCUAGAGCGAGAGGGCAUCACCAUGGUACUGGCUGUUCGUGCCCAGGCCAACAGCAUGUCGGGCGCCAUGCAAGCUGCUACCCAGGUCUGCAUGGAGGUGGGCAGCAUCGAGUCUCCCAGCUUCUACAGCCUCACGCCCAGGUUCCCGGACGCGACGAGCAUGAUCAACUCGCACAUCGCACGGGUACGACAACACAGCUUGGAGACAACAGGCCAGGCCACUCUCGGCAAAGUCUUGGUCUUCUGCGAGUCUGGCAAUGAGAAGUCGGCUGCCGUGGUCGCAGCCUAUCUGAUGCAGACGCUCAACAACAUCGAUUACAUCAAGGCUAUGCAGGUCUGUCAAGCGCAGCGCUUCUGCGUUAAUUUCGACGACGUCUUGAAGAACAUCCUACGCUCCUACUGGGAUAUUCUUCUUGCCCGACGCUCCAUCGCCGCCUCCUACGCGCAAGCGCCACACCAAAAUGGUCUUAGUAACGGCUCUGCACAGCCUGCAUCACUGUCCCUUUCCUUCUCGUCAAACAAGCAAAAGCGAGGUAUUGAAGAUACAAGGGACGGAGACGACGAUACGAACAUGGAAGACGGCAUGGAUGCGUCGGAUGUGCUCCGGUUCACGGGGCGCGACGUUACUCCUUUCCAAGACCGGUAG